UUACAGUGCACAAGGACGCAUGCGCAGAGAAAGCCCCUGGUCGCCUUCCGAGAGCGAGUGUGGUGAAGUCGGAUGAGGCUAGUUGUCGUCCAGACAAGGAGAGUCAUUCGUACAACAAUCGACCCUGGUCGUCAGUUUUCUUCAAGUUGAUUAACGCCCGUAAAAGGAUUCUAAAUGAUGUCCCGGAGAAGAAGCAGAAGUCCGUCCCGAGAACGUAGAAUGCGUGGUGACCGGGGAGCAAGUAACAAGACUGACAGUGCUGAUCCUCGAGAUCUUGAGAGGCGUGUUUUUGUUGGAAAUUUGCCCACCGACUCCAUGGUGAGGAAGGAUUUGGAGGAAAUGUUCCUUAAAUAUGGCAAGAUAAAUGCUUUGUCAAUACACCAUGGAUUUGGGUUUGUGCAGUUUGAUCGUGUUGAGGAUGCUAAAGCUGCCGUGCAAGGAGAGAACGAGCGAAUGUGUAGAGGGUACAGAUUAGAUGUUAAUAUGGCAGCUGAACGAAGAAAUUCGAAUAAAUCUGCACGGAGACCGAGUCCUCCGAGAAGAGAUCCAUUUGCCUUUGGUGAUGAACGUGAUGUAAGGCGUGAUCGCUCUCCACUCAGAUCUACUAGAGAUGAACGUGAUGCAAGGGACCCUCUUUCCGAUCGAUAUGCGAAUGCUCGAGACCCCAGGGACGCUACAUACAGACUGGACGUCUAUGAUCGCUAUUAUCGCUAUGAUGAUAUUUUGAGCAGGAAGAAGGAGCCAUUUAUGGACAGAUUCCGUGAGCCUUGGGAUCCCAGAGCAUCUCGUGAAGUUGAUGAUCCCCUGAGAAGAGAGCGCCGAAGAGAAGAAUUGUAUCGGCGGUAUUAUGAUGAAAUCCAAAGACGUUAUGAUGCUGAAAGACCUGUGGAUUGUUCAGUUAUUGUAGUCAAUAAACAACAAAAGGAAUAUGCCGAGUCGGUUGGUCGAAAGGUUCGUGACCUUGGUAUGGUGGUUGACUUGAUAUUCCUGAAUACAGAAGUGUCACUUACUCAAGCCCUUGAAGAUGUCAGCAGAGGAGGCACAGCAUUUGCGAUUGUUAUUACCCAACAACAUGAGAUACACAGAUCAUGUACUGUCAAUAUCCUGUUUGGGACACCACAGGAACAUCGUAACAUGCCAAUGGCUGACGCUAUGAUCUUGGUUGCACGUAAUUAUGAAAGGUACAAGACAGAAAUGCGAGAGAAGGAGCGCGAGGAGAUUGCAAGAAAGGCAGCAAAAAUGGCAGAUGAGAUAACAAUGCGGGAACGGGAACCUACUCAAGGAGGUCUCGAAGAACGAGUGAAUCCCCCCAACAUCCAGCCAUUAUUGAACCUACUUGCAGAUGGAAGAUACCUUACCACAGAGGAAAUUGAUAAAAUCAUCGAAUAUCUGAGAGUGAAAAAGGAACGAUUUCUUCGGGGAGGAGACUCCUUGCAUGGACCUGUUCUCAAUCCAGCUCCCAUGACAAGACCAAUCAUGGGUUCUUCAGGAAUGAAUCCACUUGGUGCACAACAGUCUCUGCCAAAUACUCAGACUUUGAAGGGAGGUCUACAGGAUGUACAAGCAACACAACAGCAAGAGCUACAAGCCAAGAUCCUAAGCCUCUUCAACAGUGGAGCAUCUGGCACCAAUACUAAUACUGCAGGAGCACAGGGCCCAACAUAUGGAAGUACAUUAAGCACCCAACCUCAAAAUCGUGCUGGCCAGCUUGGCCUCAGUAAUUCCUCAUAUCUAUCUCAAGCUCAGCUGCGCAUGACGGGUCCUAAUUCACAACUUCCAUCUUUAAUGAGUCAAGCAGUUGCACCGAGAGCCACUGCAAUUCGCUCACCUCUGCCACAAACCCCAGGUCUCUAUGGCCAGCAGCAACCUCGAGGUCCAAUCCCCAACCAGUCAAUUGUUUUGUCUCAAGCCCAGAGAUCUGGUGUUGCAACAGGUAUAAACUUUGAUAACCCUAGUGUGCAGAAAGCAUUGGAUACCCUUAUUCAGAGUGGUCCAUCUCUUUCCCACCUCGUAAACCAAGCCUCUGUCCAGGUACCACGUCCUGGACCUCCAAUGAAUCAGGCUUCUAUGGCGACUUACCAACGUCACUACUGAGCCUGUGGGGUGGGUAGUUUUCUCUUUAUGGAAGAGCAGUCAGCAAAUCCUUUGAAUCCCUUCAAGGCUACCUGUUAAGGUUUCAUAAACAAAUGUAUAAAAUCAAGAGAGUGCUUCAUUAAAUUCUUGUUUUUGCUGGGCUUGGAUGUUAUUUAAAAAAAUCCAUUAUGAUUUUAUGGUAGCCAGGUAAUGAUUUUUUUUUACCACGGCACUCAAUUUAACUUCUAACUGCAUAUAAUAAAAAAACACAUUUGUUAAUGAACAAGGCCUUAAUUGCAUUCACUUGGUUCAUGUUGACUUUCAUCUUUUAAAUUCUAAAAAAUUGAAAUGUUAACCAGAUGAUUCUGUAUUAAAGCAUAAUGCUGCAGUCUGAAUCCAAUGUUUUUAAAUGGAUAUUUCUAAAAAAUGUAACUAAAACCCAGGAUAGCAGACCUUACUAGAGUUUUUUUAUAUUUUAAUGUUUUGCCACUUUUUUUAAAAAUAAUUAGAUCAGACAGGUUGUGUCACUGUCAUUAUGGUUCUGUAAAAUGAACUUCUGUACGUUUUUUAUGAUUUUCUGUUGCAUUUGUGAUCCCUUUCCCUUGUUCACUCUGCAGUUUUGAGCAAUUGUUUUUGUGCUUCAUUUGUAGCCAGAGCCAUUUACAGUUGUGGAAUGGUAGCUGCUGUAUAUUUCUUAGCAGUUCAAUGUUUGAGUCAUUACUUUCAUCUGGUUUGUAAAGAAUAAAGGUUUAUCUUCCAUUUUCCCCCUUUUUUAUUGUGUAUGUGUAUAUCUGCGUAUAUAUACACAUUUUGGAUGGUCAGGAGAGAGUCCAAACUGGACAGAUGGAUAAUGAUAUAUUGUUAACACAUUCCAUUUUAAAUACAAAUAUUUUUUACAUUGAGAUAUAAACAAGGAAGGUUGUAGAGGAGUUACAUCUUGAGCAGCAAAAAAUAUAGUAUUGAUGAACUAGGGAUUUUUUUGAAAAUAUUGCUGAAAUGGUGAAGUUGAAAAAUGGUCAUGAAAAUUGAAAAGAUGAGUUUUCAGGGAAUGGGUCUCGAUAUGUUGAGAAUAAUAUGCCUGAAGACAACACUGAAACUUUGCGCGAGGGCUAGAUGGAAUCUGAAAAUUAAAGGAAAAAUAGUGCAUGAUUAAUUUGGAAUGUCCUUAAAUAUCAAAGAAGCCUUUUUGACCUGUACUUAAUGUAAAUGUUCAAAAAGUUGUAGAUUAAGAUUCAACACAUAUUGGAAGUGAUGUUCUGAUUUUAAGUCUAAGGCUAGUUUAAAAACUAUGGUGUAAUGGUCCACCAUGGGAUAUAAUUUCAGAUUAGUUGGAUUCAAUGGAAUCUUUUCCCUAACAAGUUAUAGUUUGUACAGUACAUUUGUAACCCUAUGGAAGUUGGCCAAAAGCAAUGGGUUCAUAGCGCAGAGGAUCACAGAUGUAGGCCCAAUCAUUUUUCUGAAGACAGAAUGUAUUAUCUCAUGCACUGUGAAAAUCAGGAUGAUCAAAAAUGACACGAUGGUUUAUCAGUUUUUAUAUAGUAAUAACCAGAUGUUUUUGUCACCGGAUGUUCUUGCACUUAUUGGUCAUUGCUGUUUUUAGUUUCUAUCCAGUUGCAUGCCUUUAUUGAACAAAGAAGGUAUCUUAUAUUACUCUAUUUAAGUAGAAGGCAGCUGCUGCCAUAUUAAUUUUUCAAAUGGAUAUUCCAGAAUUGGAUUUCAGCAGAACCUAAUGUGGCACAUAGAAAAUUGGAAAUUAUGAAUUUGGGGAUUGGUGCAAGAGUGGUGUAUUUUUUUGAUUUAUUUGUAUUGAUACAGAAAAUAGGUUCUGUAAUAUAGUGUAUUUUAUGCCUUGUUAUUUCUAUCUUUGAUCUUGAUGUAUAUCAAUUCUAAAAUAAGAAAUAUCUGCUAUAUGGGGAAUUUAGUACAAAUGUGUCAGUUUAGCAUAAUUCAUAUGUUCAUUUUGGUUGGGUAAAGAUUGAAAAAUUCAUAAUUAUAGGAAAUUGUUGUAAACUUGAAGAUUUGGUAAAGUAGCAGAGGGCACAGCCUGCAUUUAAUUCUUUUAAGUAAGAUUGGGUGAGGGGCAUGAUGUGUUGAUAUAGGAUUGGGAUGGCACAAACAGUAAUGUCAACUUUGUUUUGUAAUUGCUUGGAGAUUAAACAAAGUGUACGGAGGCAGCUGCAUUGUUUGAGGCAGAGAGGCAAAACUACAUGGCACUCCUAUUUAUGCCCUCUGACAAUCUAAAAAUUAUUGAUUUCCAACCAAAUUGGAGAUUAUUCUUGAUCAUGUACAUUCCUAAAAGCCUAUCAAGUACACUGAUCUACUGCAAGUAAUGACCAAGGAUAUAAUUGUACUCAAACGUUUUUAUCCCUAGUCUGAUUAAGCAGUUAACCAACAGAUCUAUUUUCCCUUCUGGCUCAAUGGUAUUAUUUAUGUUUCAGACACCCAGAAUACAGUGUGGAUAGCAGGACAUGUGAUCAUCAGCCAGGCACGUGACAGAGCAGCCACCAAACCGUAUGGGACCAAUCUUGGCCUUGAUAAGCAUGGUUUUUCAGUUCAUUGGCUGAGCACACCUGACCUGCGAUGGUGCCAGCUCCGUGGCCUCCUUAUCCAUCACCUGGGUCAAAACCAGCCCCCAAAGUACCUGCUCAUUCAUUUGGGAGAUAAUGAGAUGGGGUACACCCAGGGAACUGAUUUAAUAUACAUAUCGAAGGAGGUGUUGGGAGCUCUAGAAGCCCUUCUACCACAAACUGUAUUGGUGUGUUCAGAAUUGCUCCCGCGCCCCAAGUUGGCUUUUCAACCUGGUGCUCCACUUGAGGAUGUAAGAACAACCAUAAAUGGGGUAAUGAAACAAUACAUGGUAUACAAGGGGCAAAGAUUCAUAGAGCAUCCUUAUUUUGAUGUUAAGUGUCAAGCUCUUUAUGCUAGCUCAGGGGAUUACUUAUCUAGUGUUGGUUUAGAUUUAUUUAAUAAUACUUUGAUGGAUAGCCUGAAGUGUUUUUUAAGACAAGAUUUGAUGCGCAGUACUUAAUGUUCCUCCUUGAUUAACUAAUCCCAUCUGUCCACUGAAGCUCCAAUCCUAUGAGUGGCUACUGCAGUAUCGGCUCGACUACAGUUAAGUUGGUUCGCUUGUCAAUUUUGAGGAUUUGUGAACUGGUAAUCUUGUGCAGCUGCUGAUAAACUGAUAUAAACCGUGAGCCAGUGCAGUUAUGUUGACAAAAUGAAAACCAAAAUGGGGUGCAGCAAAAUUGCAUUAUGUAUAUUAGUUUGAAAGCCUAUAGACAAGACUAGGAAAAAAAUCCAUGCCUGUUUGAAUGGACUCUUAUUUGUAAUAAAUACAGGCUGAAUAGCCUUUCAUUGUUAA